AUGGAGGCCAGCGACCCGUCGCCCUCGCAGAAGCUUGACCCGGCCAAGCUCCAUCGCGAAGCUGUAGCCAAAGAGGAAAAGCUCAAGAGCCGGCAAGACCCCGAACGAGCUGAAGCCCGCAAGGAGAGGCGACACGCCAAAGCCGAGGGGAAGAGAGCGCGAAAAUUCAAGGUCCCUCGUGGCGCCGGGCGGACCGACGAGGCGAAGGCGGCAGACAGGAAGAAGCUGGCUAAGCGAGAAGAUAAAAGAGAAAAGCGACGGAAACACCUGCGUGCGCGAGCUACCAAAUUAGAAGCACAAGCAACCAAGCUCACGGCGGAGGCCCAGAAGGCUAGGGCCCGUGCCGAUUUCCUAGACGCGCAACUAGAGGCGGAGGAAGCCGAGAAGAAGAAGGCUUCUCGCGAGAUCGCCGAGGAAGCGAGUGCAGAGCAACAGGGAAAUGCAGCCGAUAAUGCCGUAGAGGAGCCGAGCCUGGAUGCGGAUGUCAAGAAGGGGGGGGAGAAAGUAAAGAAGGGGGAAGAGAAUCGGACGGGGAAGCGCAAAAGAACGACGGAGGAAUCCUCGCAUGAGCCUGUGAGCGGCGCAACGAAUGAAGAUACCGCGGAAGAUACGGAGAUACCCAAGGAAGAAAAGAUAGAGAAGAAGAAGAAGAAGAGAAAGAUAGAACAGGACGCCUCAGAGUCCCACGCUGGAGAGGAGGUAUCCCAGGAAGAGGCACCCAGGGAAAAGAGGAAUGAGAAGAAGAAGAACAAAAAGAGGAAGGAAAAGAGCCACUCUGAGGAGGCCGUGCCCUCCGCCGCGACCGAUGUCGGGGCGGACGCCCCCGGCGGCGAGCAGUGGAACGUCCAGGGCCUCGAGGGCGGUGACAAGAGAAGAGAGAAGUUCCUCCGACUCCUCGGGGCCAAGGGAACCAACGGGACGACAACCGUGGACGGCCACGAUGCCCCGCGCACGUCGAAAAUCGACAUCGCCCACAUGCAACACGACCUGGAGCGUCAAUUCGAUGUGGGGAUCAAGAUGAAGCACGAAGGCCGCGGACACCGGAAGGGUCUCGGGGCGUGA